AUGAAGAGUUCGGGCUGCGUCAAAGACGUCCAGAGACUGGCGGGAAGGCUCACCGCGCUAUCUCGCUUCCUUGGGGCAUCAGCAGCAAAGGCCCUACCUUUCUUCAACCUAAUGAGAAAGGGAAUAGCAUUCGAAUGGACCCCGGCAUGCGAAGAAGCUUUCAACCAUUUCAAAAAGAUCCUUGCAACACCACCUGUGCUCGGUAAGCCCGUGAUCGGAGAAUCGCUCUACCUGUACCUAGCUAUAACGGAGGAAGCGCUGGCAGCGGUCUUGGUACGGGAAGAAUGGAAAGUUCAACAACCGAUUUACUUUGUGAGUAAAGCGCUGCAAGGAGCAGAACUUAAGUACAGCAAGUUGGAGAAACUGGCACUAGCGCUCCUAACCUCUUCCUGCAGACUACGGCAAUACUUCCAAGGUCAUCAAGUGGUCGUAAGAACGGACCAGAGAAUUCGUCAAGUGCUCCAGAAACCUGACCUAGCAGGAAGGAUGAUGACCUGGGCCAUCGAGCUAUCCCAGUACGAUUUAAGAUAUGAGCCUCGACAUGCAAUUAAGGCGCAAGCAAUGGCAGAUUUCCUGGUGGAAGUAACCGGAGACCCAACCGAGGACACGGGCACACGGUGGAAGCUCCAUAUAGAUGAAGCCUCUAAUCAGACAUCCGAAGGCACCGGGAUCAUCUUAGAAAGCCCAUCCGGGGUCAUCUACGAACAAUCGGUCAAGUUCAAGUUUCCCGUAUCGAACAACCAAGCAGAAUAUGAAGCCCUCAUAGGCGGCUUGGUCUUAGCUGGGGAAGUCGGGGCUACGAGGCUAGAAGUAUGCAGUGACUCACAGAUUGUCACGUCGCAAGUAAAUGGAAGCUACCAAGCCAGAGAAUCGCUGUUGCAGAAGUACUUGGAGAGGGUUAAAGAACUGAGCAAACAGUUUGAGGAGGUCACGGUCCAACACGUUCCGAGGGAGAGGAACACACGGGCAGAUCUCCUAUCCAAGCUAGCAAGCACGAAACCUGGAACCGGCAACCGGCCCCUCAUUCAAGGCAUCACGAAAGAACCAGCAGUUGCCCUCCACCUGACCAAGAUAAGCCCCUCCUGGAUGGACUCCAUCACUGAUUUCUUGCAGAACGGCAAACUCCCUGUAGGUGAGAAGGAAGCUAAAGCGUUGAGAAGGAAGGCUGCCAAAUACACGAUCAUACAAGGCCAACUUUUUAAAAAGGGACUUAGCCAACCUUUGCUGAAGUGCUUACACUCCGACCAGAUGGACUACGUACUCAGAGAAGUCCACGAGGGGUGCUUCCGCCACGGGAGAAACCCCCUUCCGCCUGACAUACGGGGUAGACGCAAUAUACCAGUAGAGAUCGGUGAGCCGAGCCCACGGUUAUUUCUCAAGGGGGUGGAAGAAGCUGUAGAGAAGGACCUAGUAGAUGAGACUAGGGAGAAGGCCCACCUGUCAGAAGUAGCACUAAAGCAAAGAGUGGCCCUGCGCUACAACACCAAAGUGCUCAAGAGGGGAUUUGAGCAAAACGAGCUCGUCCUACGGGGCAAUGACAUCGGCCUACCAACCCAGGGAGAAGGCAAACUGGCGGCGAACUGGGAAGGCCCCUUCAGGGUCAAAGAAGUGAUUGGCAAGGGCGCCUACAAAUUGGAUAAGCUUAACGGAAGGGAGGUCCCAAGAACUUGGAAUGCGGGCAACCUGAGAAGGUUUUACCCCUAG